AUGAACGACACAGACAACGAGAAGGGCCCCGCCGUAUAUGUCGAGGGUGUGACCAGCGACGCCGUGUUCGGCGACCAGGGCGACGGCGACGUUCAGGCGAAAGCCGCUGUCGUGCUGCUCAAGUGCCAGAUCGCGCUCGGUGUCCUCGCGAUGCCGACGGCGCUGAGCGCCGUCGGCGGCGUCCCCGGCACCCUCGUGAUCCUCGGCAUCGGCCUCCUCACAACAUGGAGUGACUACACCGUAGGCCUGUUCAAGCGCGCCCACCCGGAAGUCUACUCGCUCAGCGACGUUGGCUUCGUGCUCGCCGGCAAGGUGGGCCGCGAAAUUGCCACGUUCAUGUACGCAGCAUUCAUGAUCGCGAUCGUGGGUGCCGGCCUGAUUCCUAUCGCGAUCGCGUUCAACGCCGUCACGGCGCACGCGACGUGCACCGUCGCGUGGGUCGUGCUCGGCGCGGUCGUGUGCUUCGCCGUCGCAUCGAUCCAGACACUUAACCGCAUCUCGCUCGUCAGCUGGGUCGGCUUCAUCAGCAUCAUGGGCGCGAUCGUCACGCUCACCGUCGCCGUCGGCGUGCAAGACCGGCCGGCGGAUGCGCCGCUCACCGGGCCGUGGGACAAGAAAAUCAGCGCGUUCAAGGACGCGACGUUCUUCGACGGGAUCGCGGCGAUUUCCACGGCUAUCUUCGGAUACUGCGGCACGCCCAUGUUCUUCUCGGUGAUCAGCGAGAUGCGCGACCCGCGCCAGUUCAACCGCUCCCUCUUCACGUGCCAGUCCAUCGUCAUCAGCACGUACAUCACCAUCGGCGUCGUCGUGUACUACUUCUGCGGGCAGUACCUUGCCUCGCCGGCGCUUGGGAGCGCCGGCCUCUUCCUCAAGAAGGUGACGUACGGCAUCGCGCUCCCCGGCCUCUUCGCCAGUGUCAUCUUGUACGCGCACCUCGGCGCCAAGCUCAUUUUCGUGCGCAUCCUCCGCGGCUCGCACCACCUCACGCACCACACCCGUAUCCACUGGGCCACAUGGCUCGGAUGCACCGGCUUCGUGACCACUGUCGGCUUCAUCCUCGCCAUGUCGAUCCCAUUCUUCGGCUCGCUCGUCGUCCUCCUCGGCGCGCUGUUCGGAACUUUCAUGUGCAUGCAGAUCAACGGCGCCAUGUGGCUGCACGACAACUGGGCGCGCCGCAAGACCAACCCGAGCGUCGGGUACUGGCUGCUCGUCGCCCUCAACGUCUUCCUCAUUGUGUUUGGCACAUUCGUGCAGAUCUCAGGCACUGUGGCCGGCGUCAAGAGCAUUAUCGACUCGUACCGCGUGGGCGCGGUCAGCACGCCGUUCAGCUGUGCGGACAACUCGUAA